AUGAUAUCAUUUCGAACAUUUCUUUUAAUUAUUACUGUAAUUUUGGCUAUGAUCAUUGCUCGUUAUUUUGUUCCUGUUCAUGUACCUGGUCCAAUGGUACAUCCAUUGAAAUAUAGACUUAUUUGUGGUUGUUUUGCACUCGUACUUGAUGUUAGUCGUUUUCUUGAAUCUAUCACUGGUAUUCCUUAUUAUACAAUACUUAAUACAAUUGUUGAUUCUUUUGAUCCUAUUAAAAUACGCCCAUUCGAUCAUGGUGAAGUAUCGUUUCAUGAUCAAUUUAUUGAAAAUGUUCUUGUUCGAAUAUAUACACCAAAAGAUGUAUCUAGUACAUCAUUAUUACCUGUUAUUAUGUUUUUUCAUGGUGGUGGAUUCUUUUUUGGAAGUAUUUAUUCACAUGAUACUAUGAAUUAUCAUAUGUCGAUGUAUACAGGUGCAAAAGUUAUAGCUGUAAAUUAUCGAUUAACACCAAAAGUUCAUUAUCCAACACCAGUUGAUGAUGGUGUUAAAGUAGCACGAUAUGUAAUUGAUAAUUAUCAAGAAUUUGAUAUUGAUCCUACACAAGUUUUUCUAUGUGGUGAUUCAGCUGGUGGUGGUAUGGCUGUAGUUGUCGAAAGACAUUUACGUCGUGAAAAAAAAUCAAUAAUUCGUGGUGUUCUUCUUCUUUAUCCAUUACUUCAACUUGUUAAUUUUCGUUUAUCAUCAUAUCGUACUUAUUUACCAUAUCGUUUAUUAUCAUUACUUCGUGAAGAUAUUCUUGUACAAGUUGCAAAUUUUUAUAUAAAUACAACAUUUUCUCAUGAUGAACUUUUUAAUAAUCGACAUUUAUCAUUAGAUGAUUAUAAAAAUUUUUAUUCGAAAAUUAAUUUAAAAAAUUUAAAUAAAGAUGAUGAUAUGAAUACAUAUGAUUUAUUAUCUAAAUCAUCUCAUCCUGAUACUUGGAAAUUAUUUAAUGAGAAUGUUUCACCAUUAUUAGCUGAUGAUGAAAUUUUUCAUAAUAGUCCAGCAACAUUUAUUGUUGCUUGUACAUAUGAUAUACUUUUAUCUGAUGCUCAAUUAUAUUUUAAACGUUUACAACAAUUGAAUGUUACAAAUAUUAUUUAUAGAGAAUAUCCGAUAUUUCAUGGUGUUAUGACAUUUGUUGAUUUUCCGGUUGCUUUCAAGGAAGCUUUUGAUAUUAUUAAUGACAGUGCUCAAUUUGUAGUUAAUAGAACUACUUUAGUAACGUAA